CUCUCGUGAGCAAUCCGACGGAGGACUCUUCUGCUUCCGCGCCCUUCUCUUCGAGCCUUUGCUCUCGUCGCUACCGCAAUGGCAGCAUCACAUGGCUGGCUCACUUCUCUGCCCAACCAAUUGGCUGUCGCAAGCUCUGUCGUCAACCAUCGAUCCGCUGCGGCUGCUUCGUUCGUCGUCAGGGCGAGCUCGACGGAUGCAUCACUUACGGAGAAGGAUUGUUUAAGGAGAAGGCAGGUUUUAGUUGGACUCAGUUCCUUGACCGCUGCUUUGUCCUGGGCAAAUUUUGCAAGCGCUGAAGAUGUACCGGAGAAUUUUCGAGCUUUCGUGGAUUUUACAGAUGGAUAUGCAUACUAUUAUCCUUCCGAUUGGAGAGAUUUUGAUUACAUGGGCCAUGAUUCAGCAUUUAAAGAUCGAUUUGCAGCUUUGCAACAUGUCAGAGUCAGUUUCAUUCCUACCGAAAAGAAAGAUAUUCAUGAUUUGGGAUCCAUGGAGGAGGUCAUUUUCAACUUGGUAAAAAAUAUUUAUGCUGCACCAAAUCAGAUUCCAAGCAUAUAUGAGAUGCAGGAGCGAACUGUCGAUGGAAAGAACUAUUGGACAUUCGAAUACGAACUUGAAUCCCCAGGCUUUUCCCGUACUGCCUUUGCGACAAUAGCAAUUGGCAAUGGGCGGUACUACACAUUAGUUGUUGGUGCAAAUGAGAGGCGGUGGACUAGACUUCGGAACAAGCUCAAGGUGGUAGCAGACUCUUUCAACAUUCUUGACAUAUGAAACUAGAAGUGCUUGCCUGCCGAACCAUGAGUCCAAUGGUUGUUCAAAUUGCUACAAAUUUCUUUCAUCUUGUGAUUAUUUUUCACUGUUCAGAGCAACAUAUUAUGGACUUUUUAUCCAAUUUCUUUCCUAUUUGAAAUUAGAGUGUCAGUUUCUUUAGCAGUCUCACUCUCAUGGUCUCAGCUUUCCAAUUAACACAUAGUUAUGCCCUUUCAAGAAACAAAAUGAAUCAAUAUCUUCAUUUUUUUCUGUUGU